AGGAGAAGGAGAGGGGCUUCCGCCCGCGGGCCGCCCGGGUUUUGGGCAGAAAACGAAAAGGAGCUUCAUUUACCCAUACUGUGCAUGCGCCAGUGCUUUUGCGCAUGCUCAGAUGCACCGUGUAGGUGCCGCUCGCGGAUGGCUGGAGCGAAGGGAUGAUGCUGCCGCCCGGCUCGGGAGGAGGAAGAGGAGGAGGAGGAGGAAGAAGAAGAUGGCGCUGGCCGGGCCCGGCUCCUGCUCCGCCUCCUGCUCCGCGUUCCGCUUCGCCCCGGCCCGGCUCCGCUUCGGCGCCCGGCACCCCUUCUUCGAGUGGCCGGGAGUUCCUCUGCCCGGCGGGCGGCUGCUGCCAGGCCUUGGGCUCGCUGGAGGGCCUGGAGCACCACUACAACCUGCUGCACCGGGAGGUCUGCUCCUGCUGCCGGCGCGCCUUCCCCUCCGCCCACCUGCUGGACCUCCACCUGCUGGAGUGGCACGACUCCCUCUUCCAGCUCAUGGCCCAGAAGCACGACAUGUACCAGUGCCUGGUUGAGAGCUGUACCGAGAAGUUCAAGAGCAGCCAAGCACGGAAAACUCACCUAGUCAAAGUGCAUCGGUACCCACCCGAUUUCCGGUUUGAUAAACCCCUGCAGUCGAAAAGCAGCACAAGGCAGCCAAAGCCGCUGUCGAGGGAGAGCGCCGUGCCGAUGGAAGUGGCUGCGGAGGAGGCGGAGCGUCAGUCGCAGGGCGAUGCCAUGGAAGUGGGUCCCAGCCAGAGCACCGCGGAGGAGGAGGAGGAGGAGGAGGGGGCUGCCUGCCUGCUGCCUGGGCCCGAGAGCACCCCGGCCUUGCCUGUGGCUGAGAAGCGGCUCUACAGAUCCCGAAUCCCACCCACCAUUUGUUUUGGGCAAGGGGCCACUCGGGGCUUCAAAGGCAGGAAGAAGAAAGCCUGACGGAGCCAGUUGGCGUGCCAGGAAGGAUCUCCAAAGCAUGGAGGAGCGGCGGCGGCACAGAGGAAGAGCUGGGCCAGCUUCCUCCCUGGGCAGAGGGCAGGCGCCAUGGCGAAUGUGCUGGCAUGCCGAGAGGGGAGGAUACCAUACCAAGACGCUCCCCUGGCAAGGCAGAGCCAGCCUAGAGCCUGAAAGCAAUCGGGGAAAGUUCCCAAUAAAAUCUUGAGCGCUUCUCUAGCGCUGUAGGAGAUCCAAAGCAUUGCAGAGUUACUUGCAGCACAAGCUUUAACGGCAGGUCAGGACGGCCUCUAAACUGCAGGGGAGCUUGGUUGAAGUUCGCGGUAAUGGGUCUCUGCGUGUAUGUGGCCUCUCAUGCUCAUGUUUUCAAGAACUGAGAUGCCAGCAUGAGGAAUCCAGGAAGCAGAUUCGCACAGGGUAGUGGGGAGGGAGGGAGGGAGGGAUCUUGGUGCUUUCCAGCAUAAGGGGGAGGUGUGGGAAAGGUCCCUCCCCCCCACGAGCUUAGCAUUUAAAGUUUGACAAUUGGAAGAGAACGAGGGGAGGGGAGCAGGUGACGACUGGGAGCAGAUGCUGUGGCUGGUAGUCACGAGCCCCUCCCUGCCCCCGGUCUCUUGACGUGGGUGGUCAUAUCUCACAUCAGGGCUUUCCACGGAGGGGUGGGGAGGGGAGGGGAGGGGAGGGGAAGAACUCAAACUGUCCUUUAAGGUAAGAAGGACCUGGUGACCGGAGAAGGGUGGCCCAGCUGGCCUCGGACUCCAUGCAGGCAUCCUGCAGCCUCUUGAUCACUCUGUGCCUCAUGUGCCUUUACGUGGUGAGGGAAAUAAAGAUGAGACCAAGAGGAUGUGGCACUUCAAACCCAUCUGAGUGUCUUCCAUAGAUUCUUUUGUUUAGAUAGGUGUAUUUAGAAUAUAAAGAAUAUAUAGCAAUAGUCUUAAGCUGGUCUGGCAAAUAAUUUCAGAGUCCAAGACUGGCUCCAUCAUAAGAACAGCCCUGCUGGAUCAGGACCAAGAAGGCCCAUCUAGUCCAGUAUCCUGUUUCACACAGUGGCCAAGCAAGUUGUAUGCGACAGACCCAGUCCUAAACAACAGCCAAUCCACGAUGGCGUGAUCUGGCUGGCUACACGUAGGAGUAUGUAGAUGCAUACAUAUAGAGACAUAGGUGGAGCGGAGACAGGUAUCCAUUUCCCAGUGAGACAAGGACCCAAAGAAGCCUCCAACUGUGCUUAGGGUUGGGUAGGGUGAGGGUGAGGUGCAGACACUAAAAAACAUAAGAACAGCCCUGCUGGAUCAGGCCCCACAAGGCCUAUCUAGUCCAGCAUCCUGUUUUGCACAGUGACCCACCAGAUGCCACUGGAAGCCUACAGGCAGGAGCUGAGGGCGUGCCCUCUCUCCUGCCAUUACUCCCCCUCAACUGGGACUCAGAGGCAUCCUGCCUUUGAGGCUGCAGGUGGCCCACAGCCCUCCAACUAGCAGCCAUUGAUAGACCUCUCUUCCCUGAAGUUAUCCAAACCCCUCUUCAGGCCAUCCAGGUUGUUGGCUGUCACUACAUCUCGUGGGAGAGAAUUCCACAAGUGGAUUAUGGAUUGUAUGAAAAAGUACUUCUGUUGGUUGGGCCUAAAUUUCCUGGCAAUCAAUUUCAUGGAGUGACCCCUGGUUCUAGUGUUAUGUGAGAGGGAGAAGAAUUUCUCUCUCUCCACUUUCUCCACACCAUGCAUGAUUUUAUUAGAGCUCUAUCAUAUCUCCCCACUGUCGUCUUUUUUCUAAACUAAAAAGCCCCAGGUGUUGUAGUCUUGCCUCAUAAGAAAGGUGCUCUAGGCCCCUGAACAUCUUGGUUGCCCUCUUCUGCACCUUCUCCAGUUCCACAAUGUUCUUUAGAUGUGGUGACCUCAUCUAAGCUAACUGGCCUGUAAUUUCCCAGAUCGCCCCUGGAUCCCUUUUUGAAAAUGUGUUAUAUUUGCUACUCUCCAGUCCUCGGGUACAGAGCCUGAUUGUAGGGAUAAGUUAUAUAUUUUGGCAUGGAGAUCAGCAAUUUCAAGGACUCUUGGAUGAAUGAUGUCUGACCCUGAUGAUUUGCUAGUCUUCAAAUUUUCCAGACAAUUUAGAACAUCAGCUCUUCUCACUUCUGACUCAGUUCUUUAGCCUCCAUCCCCAAAAAGCCUGUUUCAAAACAUGGUAUAUGCUCAGUAUUCUCUGCCGUGAAGGUAGAUGCAAAGAACUCAUUGAGCUUCUCUGCAACCUCCAUAUCCUCCUUAAUAAUCACUUUCACUCCCUCAUUAUCUAAUGGUCCAACCAUCUCCCUGGCAGGUUUCCUGCUUCUGGUGUAUUUCAAGAAGUUUUUGUUAUUCCCCUUGAUGCUUUUAGCAAAAUGUUCCGCAAACUCUCUUUUUGCCUCCCUUAUUGUCACCUUGCAUUUCUUUUGCCAGAGUUUGUGUUCCUUUCUGUUCUCUUCAUUUGUGCAGGCUCCAGAUCUUUUACAGAUUUCACAGAUUUACGGAUCUUUUACACACACACAGUUUUAAAACAGAGAAUUUGGGACCUGUAGAAACAAAAGGAACUGAGUAGGGUCUUUAUUGGAGUUUAUAAUGAUUACUUUUAAAGUUACUCAUUUCUGGCAACUUAUCUUACAUAUUUGUCUGCUCUGACCCAAAGGAGAGCAUUCUCCCUGGCUCGAUUCAGUGUUUUGCCAUCUAUGGAUUUGGAGAGAAAGUAUAAGGGCGUUCCUUAAAAGGCUCAACUAUCUCCCUGUGGUGCAGAUGUGGGAGAUACAGCUGCACAUGUGCUUUUAUAUUGUACCUUUUACAAAACUAUCCGUACCUCCUGGCUCGAACCUUUCUUGAGCAAAUUUCCAGGACAUCAGGAUGAGUUCUAUGUUGAGCUCUUCCUGUCAGUCCAGCACAAGGAAAUUACCAUGGCUACGGCUAGAUUUUGUGCAGCUGCUAUAAAAAUAAAUGUUUUAACAAAAUUUCAA